CAGGAAUUGUACGAGGCCGAGCCUACGACGCCGGUGAGUCCACAGCUCGCCACGCCCCGCCUCAUCGGCAUCGGCUGACACGCUCUGUGAAAGCGUUCUGUCGGGGGCACCAACUGGCCUGCUGCAGCAUCGGAGUGUAGAACCCAAGACGAACCGAGCGGACCUUCCUUCGUCUUCAUCGCCAAUGACGAGGGACCUGACAGUGGCAUGUCCGCCGUGUCUGGCACACCUGUUCUGAACACGAAACGGACCAACGACACCUUCAUUGCGGUUAAAUCCGCGGAGAUACUCUGUCCGUCAGUACCCAGAACGAAUGUCCAACACGGAGGUCGCCAGAACACCACGAGUCUAGGGCCAGGCAAGAAGUCGUCCCACAAAGGCCCCAGGGCUGAUCGCGGAGAGAGCCUGCUUGACCGCCUCGACGCCAUUCUCGCACAAGAGCCCACCUUUGUAACCCCUGAGGACCCAACGCCGUUCCCUUUUAUCGCAGCAGAUCCCACACGGCGCAGCAGGGUGAUGAGCAUGCUCGACGACAUCAUCGUGCAGGGGCCUCCGCCGCUCAGCCCAGCCUCGGAGUACGACUCGGAUGCGUCGAGCACCGACAGCCCGCUCCCGGCGACGCCUCCGACCAUGAUCGUCGCAGACCACGGCUUCCUGCCGCCACUCGAUCUCGCCUCGCUCCUGCGUCUGUCUUCGCCUGAUCAGCAACGCCGAGUCGUCCUGCUCCCGGAGUCUUCGCCUCCGCGCAUGCAGGAGUACCUGGUCUGGCCCGUCAAGAAGACCUUGUCGAAGAUAACUGGCCGCGGCGCUGUUCCUCCGCUGUCGCCCCCGGCCAUCAUCCUCGAGGACACCGACGUAGGCGAACUCCCAUUGCAGACACCGGACUGCUCCUCGCUCUUCCCAUCCGAGGUGUCCCCGGAGGUGGACUACCUGCAGCCGCCUCCGCCUUCGUGGAACGCGCCGGUUGAGGAGACGGUGCAGCCUGUUGUCUGCGUGCCGAGAAGGAUCGUGAGGCCGACCUGCGUUCGCGGGCCCACGCCGUUCCUGAAGCCGAGACGCUCUCAGCUUCGUGGCCAGCCCAUCCGACCGGCGGCUGGAGAACGCACAUCGCUGACUGGUCCUGGCAUUGGACUCGGUCUCUCUGUUCCUCGGAACCCUGCAUCCUUAGCCCCGUCGGUGAUCAACGAGGAAGAUGCGCACCUAUCUGUCCCUCCUCGGGCGAUUGCUGCGGCCAGACCUGCUCAUAGGGCGGCGUCACUGUACCCAGAUUACUUUUAGUUCCUGCAUUCAGUCUGCAUUCCUGUCUAUUCGCUCCGUUUCCCGUUGAUACUCUUCAUUUUGUCCUCCCAUGUCCUUCAUACAUCUAGCCUUUUGCAUGUUGUCUCGUCUCUGCUU